AUGUCUCUGAAGAAAGAUAUCUCUCCAUCACCUGCCAAGGUGGAUACCGCUUGCUUCGGCCUCCUUGGAGUGCUCAUUGCCCUUUACAUGCUGGCUGGUGCCGUUAUAUUUUCUUCAUUAGAGAGAUCAGCAGAAAUUCGGGCCCACCAUUAUUGGAACACAAGGUUCAGGGAGUUCAGUCAUGUGCAUAAUUUGAGUAACCAAGAUCUAAAAUCUCUUUUGCGCUACUACGAAGAGGCCAGGAUGGCAGGAGUACGUGUAGAACGAAGCAGAGCACUGUGGGACAUCCCGGGAGCUUUCUACUUUGUGGGUACUGUGGUGUCCACUAUUGGGUUCGGCGUGACAGCCCCAUCUACAAUAGCAGGAAAGGUCUUGCUUGUUUUCUACGGUUUGUUCGGCUGUUCGGCCACGAUUCUCUUCUUCAACCUCUUCCUGGAAAGAGUUCUAUCUCUGUUGAGCUUCCUUUUAUUCUGGCGCCACUCCAAGAGAAUCCGACACAGCAGACUGGAGAGCGGAGGCCGAGGAGAUGACUGCAAAGUUGAUUGGAAACCGCCGACAUACCAAAUCAGCCUAGUGCUUUUCUUUACUGUCAUUGUCGUCGCCUGCGGUGCAGCCCUGCUCUACUCUGCCAUGGAGGGCUGGACUUACCUGGAGUCCCUCUACUUCUGCUUUGUGGCCUUCAGCACGGUUGGCUUCGGGGACUUUGUGAGCGUCCAGAGAAAGCAACAUGAAGUGAUCCGAGCAUACCAGGUGGCAAACUGUGUCGUGAUCCUCCUUGGAGUGUGCUGCACGUACUCCCUCUUUAACAGUGUCUCUGUGUUGAUGAGACAAGGACUCAACUGCAUAAUGAGGAAACUGGCCAGGGCUUAUAGCAGUGUUCUGCUAUCUGCUGGAGCCACUUCUCCAGUGUGGGAGACACGGCCUCUAGUGCUCCUAUGA